GCGUCCGAGGGCUGGGGCCGCCCACCAGGCGGCCAUGCACGGCGAGCCCAGGGUGGCAGCGUCCAUGGAGCAAAAGGAAUGCCGGGACCGUGGGCACUCCGACUGGGGCCAGCCUCAGCAUCCACAGCCAACACACAGAUAGCAGAGCCGCCUCGGGGUUGAAACAUGAUUCCCGUGACAGAGCUCCGCUACUUUGCGGACACGCAGCCCGCUUACCGGAUCCUGAAGCCGUGGUGGGACGUGUUCACCGACUACAUCUCCAUUGUCAUGCUCAUGAUCGCUGUCUUUGGUGGGACGCUGCAGGUCACACAGGACAAGAUGAUCUGCCUGCCUUGUAAAUGGGUCACCAGGGACUCCUGCAAUGACUCAUUCCGGGGCUGGGCAGCCCCUAGUCCAGAGCCCACCUAUCCCAACUCCACAAUCCUGCCAAGCCCCGACACAGGUCCCACGGGCAUCAAGUACGACCUGGACCGCCACCAGUACAACUACGUGGACGCUGUGUGCUAUGAGAACCGCCUGCACUGGUUUGCCAAGUACUUCCCCUACCUCGUACUGCUGCACACGCUCAUCUUCCUGGCCUGUAGCAACUUCUGGUUCAAGUUCCCACGCACCAGCUCAAAGCUAGAGCACUUUGUGUCUAUCCUACUCAAGUGCUUUGAUUCGCCUUGGACCACGAGGGCCCUGUCCGAGACCGUGGUGGAGGAGAGCGACCCCAAGCCAGCCUUCAGCAAGAUGAACGGUUCCAUGGACAAGAAGUCCUCGACCGUGAGCGAGGACGUGGAGGCCACCGUGCCCAUGCUUCAGCGGACCAAGUCGAGGAUUGAGCAGGGCAUCGUGGACCGCUCUGAGACGGGUGUGCUGGACAAGAAGGAGGGGGAGCAGGCCAAGGCACUGUUUGAGAAGGUGAAGAAGUUCCGGACGCACGUGGAGGAGGGCGACAUCGUGUACCGCCUGUACAUGCGGCAGACCAUCAUCAAAGUGAUCAAGUUCAUCCUCAUCAUCUGCUAUACUGUCUACUACGUGCACAACAUCAAGUUUGACGUGGACUGCACCGUGGACAUCGAGAGCCUGACGGGCUACCGCACCUACCGCUGCGCCCAUCCUCUGGCCACACUCUUCAAGAUCCUAGCGUCCUUCUACAUCAGCCUGGUCAUCUUCUACGGCCUCAUCUGCAUGUACACACUGUGGUGGAUGCUGCGGCGCUCGCUCAAGAAGUACUCGUUUGAGUCGAUCCGGGAGGAGAGCAGCUAUAGCGACAUCCCCGAUGUCAAGAACGACUUCGCCUUCAUGCUGCACCUCAUCGACCAGUACGACCCACUCUACUCCAAGCGCUUCGCCGUCUUCCUGUCAGAAGUGAGUGAGAACAAGCUGCGGCAGCUGAACCUCAACAACGAGUGGACCUUGGACAAGCUGCGGCAGCGGCUCACCAAGAACGCCCAGGACAAGCUGGAGCUGCACCUGUUCAUGCUCAGCGGUAUCCCUGACACUGUGUUCGACCUGGUCGAGCUGGAGGUCCUGAAGCUGGAGCUCAUCCCCGACGUGACCAUCCCACCCAGCAUUGCCCAGCUCACGGGCCUCAAGGAGCUGUGGCUGUACCACACGGCUGCUAAGAUCGAGGCUCCGGCCCUGGCCUUCCUUCGGGAGAACCUGCGGGCAUUGCACAUCAAGUUCACCGAUAUCAAGGAGAUCCCACUGUGGAUCUACAGCCUCAAGACGCUAGAGGAACUGCACCUGACGGGCAACCUGAGUGCGGAGAACAACCGCUACAUCGUCAUUGACGGGCUGCGGGAGCUCAAGCGCCUCAAGGUGCUACGGCUCAAGAGCAACCUGAGCAAGCUGCCCCAGGUGGUCACGGACGUGGGUGUGCACCUGCAGAAGCUGUCCAUCAACAACGAGGGCACCAAGCUCAUCGUCCUCAACAGCCUCAAGAAGAUGGUGAACCUGACCGAGCUGGAGCUGAUCCGCUGCGACCUGGAGCGCAUCCCCCACUCCAUCUUCAGCCUGCACAACCUGCAGGAGAUCGACCUCAAGGACAACAACCUGAAGACCAUUGAGGAGAUCAUCAGCUUCCAGCACCUGCACCGUCUCACCUGCCUUAAGCUGUGGUACAACCACAUCGCCUACAUCCCCAUCCAGAUCGGCAACCUUACCAACCUGGAGCGCCUCUAUCUAAACCGCAACAAGAUUGAGAAGAUCCCCACCCAGCUCUUCUACUGCCGCAAGCUGCGCUACCUGGACCUCAGCCACAACAACCUGACCUUCCUCCCCGCUGACAUCGGCCUCCUGCAGAACCUCCAGAAUCUGGCUGUCACAGCCAAUCGGAUCGAGGCGCUCCCUCCAGAGCUCUUCCAGUGCCGGAAGCUGCGGGCCCUGCACCUGGGCAACAACGUGCUGCAGUCCCUGCCCUCGCGGGUGGGUGAGCUGACCAACCUGACACAGAUCGAGCUGCGGGGCAACAGGCUGGAGUGCCUGCCCGUGGAGCUGGGCGAGUGCCCUCUGCUCAAGCGCAGUGGCCUGGUGGUGGAGGAGGACUUGUUCAACACGCUGCCGCCCGAGGUGAAGGAGCGGCUCUGGAGGGCCGACAAGGAGCAGGCCUGAGCAGGGCAUCCGCCAGCUAACAGCGGGACCCCCUCCACGCCCACCCCGGCCAGCAGCCAGGCCCCUCCAGGGCUCCUCUGGACAGCAGCCCAAGUUCAGCAGGCAGAGCGGGGGGGCCGGGCAUGAGCCAGGCCAGGUGAGAAGACAGUGUCUGAGGGGCUGGCCCCUCCUGCCCGGCGGGGCAGGCGCCCAGCUCAGGGCACCUAUGUGGACAAUCAGGGUCUCCACCCUGGGGGCAUCUCUGUCUGGGAUCAGAGGCCAUGCCGGCGCCAGCAGCCCAGGGACUGGAACUCAUUAGCUCUUGGUAUUUAUUUCCCUCCACCUCCCUCCUCUUCCUUCUAGAUCACACACAUUCCCACGAAAACUCAGCUCUGUCUCUGAGCAGGCCAGUGUUUCCCCUCUUCCCUUUGGGGUGAUACCCACAGAAGUGGGUGCCCACUCACACUUGGUUGAGUGGUGGAGGAUGAGCAGCUGCAAGGGCCCCAGGCCGGGCUCUGGUGUUGGAGCGGAGAGCGCAGAGCCCGUUGCAGGGUAGCAGGGCUGGGCCUGGGUCCUGCUCGAUCAGUUCUUGUGACAGUUUUAGAUUUUUAAUUAAAAACAACAACAACAACAUUUUUUUAAGCUUUGAAAAUGGAUGGUUUGGGUAUUAAAAAGAAAAGAAAA